AUGACGACUAGAUCGCCGGUAAAGGGGAAAGGGCAGGGGGGUUUAGACGAUGAGCGAACGAAGAAGAAUGAUAGGGGAGAGCGGGGAGAGACAGUAGUGGAUCAGGGAGAAAGGGAACUAAUCGAGUCGUUGAAGGAAAAAGAAACGGUGAAGGGGCAAGAGGGGAACCAGAGAGCAGGCAGGAGUUUAUCUUUGACAGACGAUGUUGUGCCGGGCGAAUCAAAUGUGAAUUUGAAACCAGGAAGGUUGACUAAUUUUCAAAGAACGCAGCGACUAAAGGGUGCAGGAUCUUCUGAAAUGAUGGAAAAAUUUGCUUUAAAGGAUAAAUUAGGAGAAAAAGAUUUUAAUAAAAACAAAGAUAAACAAGAAUUAGACAGGAAAAGAGAAAUUAAAGCGAAGAAAGAAGUCAAAGAGUUAGGAGACUUAGAGGAAUUAAUUAAGAGAAUGGGGGAAAAUACGAAUAUUUGUAUGGAGAAAAUUAAUAAAAAUUUGGACAGAAAAUUGGACAGUGUCUCUGAAGGAUUGAGUAGUGAAAUAGGUAAAGUUAAAAAAAUGUGUGAAGAAUGGGAAAGAAAAUGGAGUGAGGAGAAGGAGAAAAUGUACGAAAAGUUGGAAAAAUUAGAAAAAGGGCAGAAAGAUAUAGAAGUAGAAAUGGAAGGGGAAUUAAAUAUGGUGAAAGAGGAAGUGAGAGAGUCAAGAGAAAUAAUAGGGGAAUUAAGAAAGAGGAUUACUAGCCUAGAAACAGGGACAGAAGGAGGUAUAAGAAGUCAGGAAGGAUUGGUACUGGAGGAAAAAAUGAAUGAGGUUUCGAGAUGGAUGGAUAGGACAGAAAAAGAGAAGAGAAAGAAUAAUAUUGUGAUUAAAGGAAUGAAUGUGAUACGAAGAGAAGGAAGGAAAGCUAUACAAAAAGUAUUAGAGGACAUAGGAACGGAUGUAAAAAUUAUAGGAUUGAAUGGUGUAGGAGGAGAGGAUAAAGAGAAACCGAAAGUGUGGAUAGUGCAACUGGAGAAUGAAGAACAAAAAAUGGAGGUGAUCUCGGCGAAAAAUAAAUUGAGAGGGAGGAAGGAAAUUAUAGAAGAGGAUAAAACGUGGAAAGAGAGGGUGGUUUCAAGGAAAUUAGAUCAGAGAAAAUGGGAAGAGAGUGCAAAAGGAAGUGAAGUUAAAAGGGGAAGAGACUGUCUGUGGGUUAAUGGUAUUAAAUGGGUGGUUUGUAAUACAACUGGAGAGGUGGUGGAGGAGGAAAGGGGAAGAGAGAGAAACACCUCACAGGAAAGGAAUAGAAGAAACAGAGGACAGGUUUUUCGGAGGGAAGGGGGGGGGCAGUUGGGGAAGAUCACAGAAAGCAGGAAUAAAAGUUGGGUUUUGGAACGUAGGGGGCAUUAA